CCCUCUUGACUCUCCCCAUUUCCAUUUUCUCUGAUCGAUCGCCCAUCUCGUCUCUAUAAAUCUCGACCAACCCACGGUGGGUGACCUGAGAUCACAUCUAAGGACAGAGAGAGAGAAAGAGAGAGAAUCGUCCCAACACCACCACCGUAACCAUGUGGCGGAGAAUCCUCUCUUCUGCUCAGCUCAGAACCCUAGCCCUAGCCACCUCCUCCACCGCCGCCGCCGCCGUUACUGCUUCCUCCGCCGCCGAUCGCUUCCUCCUCGCCAAGUCCCUUCCUCGCUUCUUCAGCGCCACCACUCCUUCUGUGGACACUGCGUUGAAGAAGAAGGUUGAGGAGAUAAUGCCCAUCGCCACCGGCCACGAGCUUGAGGAGCUUGCCGCCGAAGUUCAGGGAAAGGAUAUUCUGGAAAUCAACCACCCCGUAGGUCCUUUCGGCACAAAGGAAGAACCUGCAAUCGUGAAGUCCUAUUACAGCAAGAGAAUAGUUGGAUGCCCGGGUGGUGAAGGCGAGGAUGAACAUGAUGUUGUGUGGUUUUGGCUGGAGAAGGGCAAGCCACAUGAAUGCCCAGUCUGCACACAGUACUUUGAGCUUGAAGUGGUUGGACCCGGAGGAUCUCCAGACCACUCAGAUGAUCAUCACUAAGUGCAGCCUGAAAUUAUUCAGAUGGAAUAAAGUCAGGAGAGAAAUAUCCAGUAUAUGCUGCAACAUUGACUUUGAAAAUUUGAAAAGCCUUUUCUUUUUUUGUUUGGUUGGUUUGACCUAGUUUUUUUUGUGGCUGUUGCUUUUGCAACAUCUGAGAUAGAGCCUCUGUGAUAAUUAGACACAGGGUGGUUACCUUUCGGAAUUGUGGAUCUUGUAAGGACAACCUUCUACGCUUGCCAAAUAAACGAUAGGUGCUACUUGAUUCUUUUCCUUA